UCUGCAGACUCUUGUCCUCUCGCGUCUUUCUUCUCCUCCCCUUCCUCUCACCUUCUCCUUUGCUUUUAUUACUUUUGCCCGUUGCCGUACCUUCCUCAUCUCUCCAUCUCUCUCCCUCCUUUCCACUUAUUCUCUUAACACCUUCCUCUUAUUCCCGCCGUAGACCUCCCUUUCUGUCCUCACCACCUUCUUCUAGUCUCUUCUCUCCCCACUGUAGCAGCAGCCUUCCCCUGGUCUGUCGAUUACAUUGUGUCCCUGUGCCUCAGUGUCCCCCUCAUCUCACUGUCUCUGACUCCCCUCCCGGCUCAGAGCCUAGUGGCCUGUCCUUGGGGGAAAGAAGGAUGGUUCUCGAGGGAAGGGUCCUCUCCUCCUUGCUGGGACUCGCGCUGCUCUGGUUCCCCUUGGACUCCCACGCUCGAGUUCGCCCGGACAUGUUCUGCCUUUUCCACGGGAAGAAAUACUCCCCCGGCGAGAGCUGGCACCCCUACUUGGAGCCACAGGGCCUGAUGUACUGCCUGCGCUGCACUUGCUCUGAGAGUGCCCAUGUGAACUGUUACCGCCUCCACUGCCCACCUGUCCACUGUCCCCAGCCUGUGACCGAGCCACAGCAGUGCUGUCCCCGGUGUGUGGAACCUCAUACCCCCUCUGGGCUCCGGGCCCCCCCAAAGUCCUGCCAGCACAACGGGACCAUGUACCAACAUGGAGAGAUUUUCAGUGCCCAUGAGUUGUUCCCUUCCCGCCUGCCCAACCAGUGUGUCCUCUGCAGCUGUGCCGAGGGCCAGAUCUACUGUGGCCUCUUGACCUGCCCAGAACCAGGCUGCCCUGCACCCCUCCCGCUGCCCGCUGCCUGCUGCCAGGCCUGCAAAGAUGGGUCAAGUGAGAAAUCAGCUGAAGAGGACGCCACACAGCCACACCAUGCGGUGAGACAGUCCCGGGACCCAUGUUCAGGGGACGGUGGGAGAAAGAGUGGCCUGAGCACCCCAGCCCCCACCGGGCUCAGCUCCCCUCUGGGCUUCAUUCCUCGCCACUUCCGACCGAAGGGGGCAGGCAGCACGACAGUCAAGAUUGUCCUGAAGGAGAAACAUAAGAAAGCCUGUGUGCAUGGCGGAAAGACGUACUCCCAUGGGGAGGUGUGGCACCCAGCCUUCCGCUCCUUUGGACCCCUGCCCUGCAUCCUGUGCACCUGUCAGGACGGCCGCCAAGACUGCCAGCGGGUGAUCUGCCCCACUGAGUACCCCUGCCAUCACCCCGAGAAAGUGACUGGGAAGUGCUGCAAGAUUUGCCCAGAGGACAAGGCAGACCCUGGCCACAGUGAGAUCAGCGCCACCAGGUGUCCGAAGGCACCGGGCCGGGUCCUCAUCCACACAUCAGUAUCCCCAAGCCCAGACAACCUGCGUCGCUUUGCCCUAGAGCGUGAGGCCUCUGAGCAGGUGGACAUCUACCUCUGGAAGCUGGUAAAAGAUGAGGAAACUGAGGCUCAGAGAGGUGAAGUACCUGGCUCAAGGCCACACAGCCAGAAUCUUCCACUUGAUUCAGAUCAAGAAAGUCAGGAAGCAAGACUUCCAGAAAGAGGCACAGAACUUCCGGCCACUCACCAGCACCCACGAAGGUCACUGGAACGUCUUCCUAGCCCAGACCCCGGAGCUGAAGGUUAUGACCAGUUCAGACAAAACGACCAAGACCUUAUAACAAAGACCUAAAUAGUUGCAGAUAUGAGC